AGGAACACGUGUGUGAAAUUCAAACUUGAACGUAUGUACUCACACUCACAGAAGUUGUUUUCGAUAGGAUCAAAAGUUGAUGAAUAUAUAGUUUAUUUUUUCAAAUUAUUUCAAUUUAGAAUCAUUUUAAUGAGUACUGUAAUAAAUGGAAAAUAAAGUAAGCGAUAAGAUCUCUCAAAUGAACUAAAAACGCUUCAACAAAUGCAGAACGUAUUAGAACAGUAUUAUGCAUUAUUACAAUUGAUAAGAUCCGAGCUGGAAAAGAUCAUGAGCAACUUCAUUGCGUUAAACGAUCUGGAGAAUAUGAAAGCAGCUGAGUAAAUAAAAAACUUAAAUGCUAAUUCAGUGAUUAAAGAUAUAUACAAUUUAUUGAGGCAUAUGUGGAAUUAUUUACUCUGCAUGAAUCUAAUUAUAAUUACAAAAUGAUAUCCAGCACAAAUGAGAAAGUUGCGUUACCAAACAGUAAUUCACUAAUGAAUUCCUCAUUAAUGUCUUUACGAAAGUCUAUUCUCUCACCAAAUGUGUCAAUCCCUAUUCUACCAGAAAAUGAUGAUGAACUUGAACGUUUGGACAGGCGUUGUGAAAAAACAAAUGAUAAAAGACAAUCUCUAGGUCUUGGUUUUCUGGCAAAAAUACCAAGACCUGAAAUGUCCAAUCGUAUUACAGAAUGCAUAAAGCUUGGUACAGAAAACAAGAUUAAUGUAAAAAAUGCAUUUAGUCUUGAAAUAAUUGAUUUCAUGACAUAUAUGAUCAAAAAACAAGAUGAAAACAUGUCCAAUUUGCAAGUAGCCACUGUAUCAUUAGAUGUCAGCACUAAAAUCUAUGGGUAUCGUGUAGAUAGUGUACAUACAGAAAUAAUGAAACUUGCAGGUGGUUUAGAUAAACAAGUAGAUGAACCUGUAACAAAUGACACCCAGGCAGAUAAUUCAACUGUGCAAGAGCAUCAAAAUGAUAACAUAGGAAAAGGAGGGAAGAAAAAAAAGAGAAGAUGCAAGUAUCAAAUUUUUAGCACUCUUGAAAACUUAAAAGGUAGCGUAGAAAUAUUGAAACCGACAUUGUGGUUGGUGGGAGAUGAUGACACGCAAAGUGCAGCUAUGUUAAACCAAGUAAUGCUGCCAAACCAUGCAAAUUCCAGAUAUCAUCUACACUUGUAUAAUGACGUUAUCGUUGAUACUGUGGAGAGUAAAGGAAAAGUUAAGGAUGGAAAAAUAAGCACUCCACGACUAGAUAUUUGUGAAUCGCAUAUAUGUCCACCAUUAGCUGACUUCGAAUUUCUCAAUUGGAUCAAUGAGAAUGAAACAGAACAUAAAGAAACUCAAAAAGAAAAAGAAGCUGAAAACAGAUUUCAAUUUGACUUGGAUGCCAGUGUUCCAUCUGAAGAGGAAGUAAUUCAAUCGAGUAUAAAUUUCUACAAUGCUGAUUUGGAGGAAGAUAGUGAAGAAAAUAUCGAAAGGCACAUCCAGAAACCAGUAGAAGUGCUUACAGAUUUCUAUAAAGCGAUAACGAAGAUUGGGUUGGCAAGCUCUUCAGAGUAUUCCAUUCUACAGAAAAAUAAAAACAUUCACUGGGCUGGUCCAACACAUUGGAAGGUAAGAAAUACCAGCAAAGCUUUAGGGGGAAGUAACAUUAUAGAAACAUGUCCCCAAGGACACGGUAGAAAAAAGAAAGAACUAGAAUUACGUUUCGACAACGAUGCUAAGAAAGCUGUAGCAGCAAAGUUUUCAUUGGCCAUCUCUGGAAGAACACGGAUCAAACGUGCCGAAGAUGUUUGGAUCGAAUCGAGAGUUACACUGCCUCGAGAUCUUCAUUACGACAUUGCAAACGUAAACAAAUUGUACCUUCAUGAGCUAAUAGAUCUAAGUUUGAAGAACAAGGAUGACUUAGAUGUUACUCACGUGUCUGACGGCAUCGACAUAUAUAACUAUAAUAAUGAAAAUGACACAUCAAAUUACUGUCCCAAUGUUUCUAUCACGGAUUACAAAGCAGAUGAGGCCAAUAAUGAAGGUCACGAGUCUGAUAUUCAUGAGAAGUUUACUGGAAACAAUCUAGUCGCAGUUCCCAAAUUAACAAAUAAAGUGGCUAUCGCGUAUAGCGUUCGCGCUAAGAAAAUUGAUAUGCGGAAAUUAAAGAAAUCUAUCUGGCAAUGCAUGAUCGCGUCUAAUAACACGGAAACCACAGAUAUUCAAAAGGAGGUAGAUCAAGAAACUGAGAAUAAGAUAAACGAAGACAAACACUUCAGCGAGAUUUAUAAAAAAUUACCGAAUAUGUUGUCACAGAGUAACGCAGAAUCGUUAAGCUUCCCCAUUUCUUUUGUAUCUUUACUCCAUUUAGCAAAUGAAAAAACAUUGAGAUUACAGUCUCUUCCAGAUAUGUCUGACAUCAUCGUCGCAGCAGACUGAAUGUAUUUAAAGUUCGAUUACUUUAAAAAAUUGUUAAAUACACGUAACUGUAAAUUAUAUACAUAUAUACAUAUAUGAUAUAUAUAUAC